AGAGGAGAAGAGGCGGCCCUGAAGUUCACAGCAGCAGUAACAACACCCAGAGAAGCAGGCUUCCAGCAGCCCGGCCCUUCAAAUCCAGACCUGCCAGAGAGAACCCACCUUCUGGGUGGCCAGUGACCAGACCUUACCCCAGGAUGGGGACUGUGCCCAGAGCAGCCUGGGUCUUGGCCUGUCUGGCUGUUGCUUCUGCCGCCUCCGAGGGAGGCCUCAGGGCUCCAGGGCAGAGGGAGCUGAGGCCAGAGCACUUCAGGCAGCAUCUUCAUGAAGUUGGCUAUGCAGCACCCCCCUCCCCACCCCUGAUCCAAAGCCUUCCUGUGGAUCACCCCGACACCUCUCAGCAUGGCCCUCCCUUGGAGGGACAGAGGGAAGUGCAGCCCCCUCACCCUCAGGAAGCCAUCCCUGCCCAGAAGGAAGAGCUCCCCCCUCCACAGUUCCCUGAAAAGAAAGUGGACCCCGCUAACCCUCAGGAAGCCAUCCCUGCCCAGAAGGAAGAGCUCCCCCCUCCACAGUUCCCUGAAAAGAAAGUGGACCCCGCUAACCCUCAGGAAGCCAUCCCUCUCCAAGAGGAACAGCUGCCCCCUCCCCAAAUCACUAUUGAACAGAAAGAAGAAAACCGAGCUCCAUUCGUGAGCCAAUCCCAUCCAAAUCCUGAGUCUUGGAAUCCGGCCCAGCACUGCCAACACAGCCGACCCCGAGGGGGCUGGAGCCACCGGCUGGAUGGCUUCCCUCCAGGGCGGCCUUCUCCAGACAAUCUGAACCAGAUCUGCCUUCCUGACCGUCAGCACGUGGUAUAUGGCCCCUGGAACCUGCCACAGUCUGGCUACUCCCACCUUACUCGCCAGGGUGAGACCCUCAAUUUCCUGGAGACUGGAUAUUCCCGCUGCUGCCGCUGCCGCAGCCACACAAACCGCCUAGACUGUGCAAAACUCGUGUGGGAGGACGCAAUGACCCGGUUCUGUGAGGCCGAAUUCUCGGUCAAGACUCGAGCCCACUGGUGCUGCAAACGGCGGGGGGAGGCUCGAUUCUCCUGCUUCCAGGAGGAAGCUCCCCAGCCACACUACCAGCUCCAGGCCUGCCCUGGCCACCAGACUGGUAUUUCCUCGGGCCCCGAGCUGCCUUUUCCCCCUGGGGUGCCCACAUUGGCCAAUGUCAAGAACAUCUGCCACCUGAGACGCUUCCGCUCUGUGCCACGAAACCUCCCAGCUACUGACCCCAUCCAAAGGCAGCUACAGGCUCUGACUUGGCUGGAGGGGGAGUUCCAGCGCUGCUGCCGCCAGGGAAACAACCACACCUGUACAUGGAAGGCAUGGGAGGAUACCCUUGAUCGAUACUGUGACCAGGAGCAUGCUGUAAAGACCCAUCACCACCCGUGUUGCCACCACCCUCCUAGCCCUGCUCGCGAUGAGUGCUUUGCCCGUCGGGCCCCCUACCCCAACUAUGACCGGGACAUCUUGACCAUUGACAUCAGCCGAGUCACUCCCAACCUUAUGGGCCAUCUCUGUGGAAAACAAAGAGUUCUCACCAAGCAUAAACAGAUUCCUGGGCUGAUCCACAACAUGACUGCCCUCUGCUGUGAACUACCAUUUCCAGAACAAGCCUGCUGUGCCGAGGAUGAGAAACUAGCCUUCAUUGAAGAUCUGUGCGGUCCCCGACGUAACUUCUGGCGAGACCCUGCCUUCUGUUGUGACCUCAAUCCUGGGGAUGAGCAGGUCAACUGUUUCAACACCAAUUAUCUGAGGAAUGUGGCUCUAGUGGCUGGAGAUACUGCGAAUGCCAAGGGCCAGGGGGAGCAGGGCACAAAUGGGGGAACAAAUAUCAGCUCCACCCUUGAGCCCAAGGAAGAAUGAGUCACCCUAGAGCCUUGGAGAAUUGGAUGAGGGAACCCAUCCCCGCCCACCCCACCCUCCUCCAAUACUCAUUAUAGUAAACACCUCUUGGAUUUAGCGUCCUCAUUGUCUUUAACACCACACACUAAACACACCCUCCUAAGCUUGCCUGGAUUUCCUUCAGGGACUGGCCCCUGAGGCUCACUGCCCUGCCCUCACUGACUGACCAAAUGUUCCACAGGCUGUGUGGUGGGACCACAACUAAAGGCCUUGACUUCA